GUAAAUAAUCUGCCUUUCGUUUCAAGCGAAUCCUAAUUCCUACUAAAUCAUCUGGCAUCUCUGUUCGCCAUCACUCAGCCUAAAAAUGAAGAAAAUGACUUUAUUUGAACUAAUGAAAUUUCCCGACGUUUGUCGAGUUUGCCUGCAACCGGUAGCAGAACAGUUGUUACAACCAUUAGACAAAAACCUUACAAACUCGAAAUUAACAAUCGCUGAAUUUUUAAACGAACUUACAUACAAAGUACCGGAGAAUAAACUGGAUAUGUUACCCAAAACGAUUUGUAGAAUGUGCGUAGAAGUACUGGAAGGUUUUUUCAUCUAUCGAAAUAGGUUGAUACUUACUUUGCGUUUCACGGAAGCAUUGAUAGAUCUCCGAGAAUCUAACACAAAACCUAUUGAAGAUUUGUUCGAGACUAACAAAUCGGAACUGACAAUACUUUUUAAGGAAUUGAGCAUUUGUAGCAAGGAAGAGCCAGCUGUGGAUGAUUUGCUAGCGGAGUUUGAAUUAUACAAUUUUGCAAAUCAAAUUGAAGAUAAAAUUAAAGUGGAAUUACCGGAAGUUGGAAUUGAAGACGAUUGUACGGGUUUAACAGUCAGUGAUCACGGUAAUGAAGGUCUGGAUGUGAAGAACUUUGACGUGGACUUACAUGAUCAUAUAAGCGACAAAGAUAGCGAUUGGAAUCCGAAUGAAAUAGUGUAUGCGGAAUCUCUGAAUCAAAAGGAUCAAAAAGCAUCGACGAAAAGAAACCGAGCGCAGAGAAAAAAUUCUCGGAAACGUCAAACAUUAGAGGAGAUAACGGUGCAUUCCGCACAGUCGGAUGUUGCUGUUGAAGGGAAUUGUAGUCCACGUAAAAGAGGUCGUCCUAGAAUACAUCCAGGUGGUUCAUUUUUAAAAGAACCAUGGAGUUGCGAUAAAUGCAAAUUCAUAACUAAAUACAGAGUAGCUGUCGAAAGACACAAAGCUGUUCACUAUAAGCGUGAAAAUCGAGCUUAUCCUUGUACAGAAUGUGAUUUGAUAUUCAAAUAUUACGAAGAGAUGAGAAGUCACAGUUUGAGUCAUCCAGAAAAUAAAGUAGUGUGCGAGGUAUGCGGAACAGCACUGAAAAAUGCUUACUCCCUCAAGGCUCACAUGGAACGUCACGAAGACAGUCGGAAAUAUUCUUGUGAGUAUUGUGACUACGCUUCUAAUACUAAAUUGGCUCUCAAAGCACACAUGAGCAUACACACUAAGGAUAAUUGGAACAAACGAUGUCAGGUUUGCGGUGUCAUGUUCAGGACAUCCAGUCGUUUGAAGCGCCACAUGGAGAGUCAUGAAAACGAACGAAAAUAUGCUUGUGAGCAGUGUCCGGUCCGAUUCAACACUACAAAUGCUCUUCGUAACCAUUUUAUACGAGUUCACUUGGCAAUUCGACACUCGUGUGACCACUGUGACAAAACUUUCGACCAGAAAAUUGCUUUAAGAGAUCACAUCGAACGAGUUCAUCAUAUUCAAUGUAAUUUUAUCUGCGAUAUUUGUGUCAUGACAUUCGACAGUCAACAAAAGUUAGACGUGCACAAACAACGCCACACGAAUCCCAAACCAAUGGAAUGCAGUAUCUGUUUGACACUGCAUCUGAAUCAAGACGAUUUCGACACACACCUGUGUAUUAGUUAUCAGGAAGAUUAUCAUUGUUGCAACAAAGAUCUUCGCAACUAUAUCCAGUAUAAUAAGCAUAUGAUGGUGAAGCAUGGUAUGAAAACAAAUGCCCGCGUGAAACCUAUCCCAGGCAUGUUGUUAGGGCAGCUUCGGGGAGCACGAAAACGCUUGGAACAGUGUCGAAAGUGUGACAUUGCUUUUCCGUCUAAAGCACUUAAACUGGAACAUUUAGCUAUAUGCAGUCAAGGGCAGCAGUCGGCAGGACCGUCAAAUGCAAGAAAUCUCGAUUCAAGUGGAGAAGUGUAAUGAACAAGAUUCAAGAACAAAAUAAUUUUUAAAUGUGUCGUACUGUAUUAGAAACUAUUGAAUAGAAAUAAUGUUA